AUGAACCUCCAAGUACCGGAGAAGAAGAAGAGGAAGACAAAGAUGAAGACGGAUAAUUCGUCACCACCACCUUCUCCUCCGUCGUUUUCUUCACUUCCAGACGAUAUGGCCGUGAAUUGCUUAGCCCGGAUCUCGAGGUGGUAUUACCCAACACUCUCAACCGUUUCCAAAAUGUUCCGGUCACUUGUCUCUUCCACCGAGCUCUACGCAGCACGAUCUCACCUCGGAAGCACGGAGAUACAGUUGUUGGUUCCGAUUCCGGCUUCCAAUCUUCCUUCACUGCCAAGUCUCACAACCGUAGCUGUUGGUGCUGAAAUUUAUGCAAUCGGCGGACCAGUCGGCCGAGCAGAAUCCUCCUCGGCCGUGCGGGUCCUAGAUUGUCUAAGUGACACUUGGCGCGAUGCCCCUAGCAUGAUUGUAGCCCGGAGAUAUGCCUUGAGCUGUGUCUGCGAUGGGAAAAUAUAUGUUUGUGGAGGAGUGGAUGAGGAGGAACCAUGGGGUGAGGUAUUCGACACAAAGACUCAGACUUGGGGACGCCUCCCUGAUCCGGGUACUGAGGUACGUACCUCAGUACGUACGUUUCAAGUUUGGGGAAUCAGCGAGGGCCAAGGAAAGAUUUACAUUGGUGGUGAUUCUCGCGAAAAGAUUGUUUACGACACAAAGCAGUGCAAAUGGGAAUGGGGUCAAGGUAAAGGCAAGGUUGCGAGUUCAGAACUGUUUUAUACAUCACCUGAAUUUGAAUUCCCCUUGCGGUGUAAUGUGUAUGACGUUGAGGAAGGUUAUUGGAAACCAGUGAAAGGGUUAGACUCACUGUCAGAUACGUACAGGAAGAGUGGUGGCUCAUUAGGUCAGAGAGUUAGGUGUGGUGAGAAACUCUUUGUUAUUUGGGAAGGAGGGCAUACGAGGAUAAAUCCAUGUGAUAUGAAGAAGAUUUGGUGCGCGGUAAUCGUGCUUGAAAAGCGUCAUGGAGGUGAGAUUUGGGGAAACGUUGAGUGUGUUGAUGUUGUGCAUUCCGUCCCCACGGAAUGUCGGAUCUUGCACUGUCACGUCGUAUUGGUUUGA